ACCACAGCCUAAAAAGAAUGUAACAUGAGAAUUUAACCCUUUCCUGGUUACCACAAGCCAAACCCCUUCUCUUGGCACGGGGGGGCAUGCGUUUCACUUGAAGAAAACAACUCGCAUGUCCCAUUGAAAAACAGCUGAGGACCCGAAAGGAAGGAGCGGAUGAAGAGAGAGCAGCAGACAAAAGAAGCCGCGGCAGCGUUGAGCGUCGCGUCUCGGGAGCAAGAUUGCCGGCCAGCCACUUCGUUUCUUUUUUAUUUUCAUCAGUAAAGCACAUCAAGGGCGGGGGAGCUGUGAAGGCCGAGCGCGUGCAUUCUGAUAUUUCGAGGUGCGUCGCGUCGAGGGACUCCAUACAGCAUCUUAUAUUGCGCGUUAAAGCAGAACAAAGGGAGUCUUGCGCGAGGAAUGAGCGAGGCGAGCCUGGCGCCGCUGAAACAGGGCCAAAUGUUCUUCUGAGACGCGCAAACUCUUCUGAAACAACAUUUAAGCGAGCCUGGAAGAGACCCGAACCGCAACAAACCCGUUAUUUACAAUGUUUCCUCAGAAUCGAACACCGGCACCUCUGCAGCCACCCCCUGGGUCAUCGGCGUCAGCUGCAGCAGCUGCAGCCGCUGCAGCAUCGGGGUCAACCCAACCUCUUAAACUCACCUACCCUGAGACCCUGGAUCGUAUAAAAGAGGAGUUCCAGUUCUUGCAGACCCAGUAUCAUAGUCUGAAGUUGGAGUGUGAAAAGCUGGCCACGGAGAAGACAGAAAUACAGAGACAUUAUGUCAUGUACUACGAAAUGUCCUACGGCCUCAACAUCGAAAUGCACAAACAGACGGAGAUCGCCAAACGGCUGAAUGUGAUUUGCGCCCAGCUCAUUCCAUUCCUGUCACAGGAGCACCAGCAGCAGGUGGUCCAGGCCAUGGAGCGCGCCAAACAGGUGACUAUGGGGGAGUUGAAUGCAUCGAUAGGGGUACGUGGACUCCCCCCUCUGCCACCCACACAACAGCUGCAAGCCCAGCAUCUUUCCCAGCAUGCAGCUCAAGGCCUGCCUAUGGCCCCUCACCCCUCCGGCCUUGCUCACCCGGGUCUGGCUCUGGGAGGAGGCUCUGGGCUACUGGCCCUUUCCGGGGCUCUUGGGGCCCAGCUGGCCUCCAAAGACGAGAGGGCCCAUUUGGAGGCCGUGGCAGCGGCCGCCGCAGCUGAACACCACAGAGACUGGCAACGGGGACGUUUACCCGCCCUUCCCAUGAUCCCUUCAGACCGUGAACCUGGACCAAGCUCCCUCUCAAAUGGAGACAAAGGCAGGCCUUCAGACUACCUCAGCAAUGGAAAAAAGAGGAAAGCAGAUGAAAAGGAGUUUAUGACAGACUAUGGCAGUGACGCGGAGAAAAGUGACGAUAAUUUAGUCGUUGAUGAGGAUCCUUCUUCUCCACGGAGCGUGCAGUCUUAUUCCUCCAGAGAGAACGGAUUAGAUAAACUCCCCCCUUCCCGUAAGGAAGCUCUGCCUCAGGCCAGCCCGACCUCGCUGGCUUCCUCCAGCAGUGCCGCCUCCCCCUCACGCAGCAAAGAGCCCCCACCGAGAGAGAAGUCCAGCACUCCGGGGAUGAAGCCUGGCACACCCAUGUCGCAAGAGUCGUCCACCCCAGGCCCCAGCGUCCCACCUCAGUUUCGCCCCGGGAAACCAGGCGUUGACCCUCUUGCAUUAGGUCUGAGGAAUCCGUUAGCGGUGCAGGGCGCCUACCCUCCAGGUGCUUUCGGACUGCCUCCACCGGGAGUUAACGGGGAUUUGGCGGGAGCUGCUGGAUACGGCGCAGGUCUCCAUCUUGUUUCUCCUCAGAUGAACGGUUCAGCCGCAGCUGCUGCCGCCGCAGCAGUCGCUGCGGCCGGAUACGGACGCUCACCCGUGGUGGGCUAUGAGUCUCCUCACCCCCACAUGAGAGUACCGGGGUUACCCGCCGGCCUGCAAUCUGCAGCUUCCGGAAAACCUGCUUACUCGUUCCACGUGAGUGCAGAUGGUCAGAUGCAGCCUGUGCCCUUCCCUCCCGAUGCCCUCCUCGGUCCUGGUAUCCCUCGACACGCCCGUCAGAUUCACACCCUCAGUCAUGGUGAGGUUGUGUGUGCGGUCACCAUAAGCACCUCAACGCGUCACGUCUACACCGGUGGCAAAGGCUGUGUCAAAGUGUGGGACAUCAGCCAACCGGGCAGCAAGAGUCCGAUGGCCCAACUGGACUGUUUGAACAGAGACAACUACAUUCGCUCCUGUAAGCUGCUCCCUGACGGGCGGACUUUAAUAGUCGGGGGCGAAGCCAGCACGCUGUCGAUCUGGGACUUGGCCACGCCCACUCCACGCAUCAAAGCCGAAUUAACGUCCUCGGCUCCGGCCUGCUACGCUCUGGCCAUCAGUCCAGACAACAAGGUCUGUUUCUCCUGCUGUAGUGAUGGAAACAUCGUAGUCUGGGAUCUGCACAACCAGACGCUUGUCAGGCAGUUCCAGGGUCACACAGAUGGAGCCAGUUGUAUCGACAUCUCCAACGAUGGCACCAAACUGUGGACCGGAGGUUUGGACAACACGGUGCGCUGCUGGGACCUGAGAGAGGGACGACAGCUCCAGCAGCAUGACUUCACCUCACAGAUCUUCUCUCUUGGUUAUUGUCCAACGGGUGAAUGGCUUGCGGUCGGGAUGGAGAGCAGUAAUGUUGAAGUGCUGCACGUCUCCAAACCGGACAAAUACCAGCUGCACCUUCAUGAGAGCUGCGUUCUCUCGCUCAAGUUUGCCUAUUGCGGUAAAUGGUUUGUAAGCACAGGCAAAGAUAAUCUACUGAAUGCAUGGCGAACUCCGUAUGGAUCAAGCAUAUUCCAGUCUAAGGAAUCAUCCUCGGUCCUCAGCUGUGACAUCUCUCCUGAUGACCAGUUCAUAGUCACUGGCUCUGGAGAUAAGAAGGCUACUGUGUAUGAAGUCAUCUACUAAACUGAAUGUGUCCGGAUCGACAUUCGUAACGAAAAAAAUCUGACGGAGAUCGGAUCCCUCUUUAUUUUGCCUCUGAUGGACACUGACAUAAAUAUGAACUCCGAGACGGCCAUACUUUUCGUCGGAAUGCCGCUUGGAACAAUGAGCCCUGGGAUCAGACUGUUUUUGUUGUUUGUUUUUUUUAAUGCUGUGAGAAAGCUGGUAGUCUAGCUUCGAAAACAUGGAUAUUCUCCAAAGACCUUCUCUUUAUCUUCUUGUUCUAUCUUUCUUUUUUUUAAACAAGAUGAAACCUCUGUAGUGAAUAUAAUAGUAAAAGAAAUCUUAUUUUUUUAGCCUUUUCACGGAAAUGGACAAUUUAUGGAGCCGCGGCGUAUAAGUGAGUUAUGACGGGACCUAAAGGAAUAACUUCAUUGAUCAAGUUUCCAAAAGCUCACCUCCAUGUACUGACUGUAUUAUGAUUGUAUGGAUGAUGUAUAUGAUGGGCUCUGAUGUUGAACAAAGAUCUGGAUUUUAAUGUGUCUUCAGGGAAACUGCUGUAAAGACGUUCAGUUAAUGUCCUUUCACAUGAAUACUGUAUGUUGGAGCAUGUUGAAAUUUAUUUCGACUGUUUGGUCGCAAACUUGGUAUGUAUGAACUGUAAAUAAAGCUGUUUAAAAGCCGAAA